CUUACCGCAAAAACCGCUCGAUAUCCAAUUGAGGUCCCGGAUCCGCCAUCCCGACUGACAAAUACGGGUUUCGCUGUACACAUCGCACAACCCGGUCACUGCACCACACAUGUCGCGACUACGCUGUUCCAACGCGCCUACCACGGCCGGCCUCUUCGUGCAGCUCAGCAUGCGCCGACAGCUCCAUCCAACCGGGCUUCCCAUCUUGGAUAUCCUCCUGCCUUUCCGUCGUUUGGCAGCUGGCGCGCCCGCCGUCCGCGCCUACGGUGUUGUGUCGACCACAAGACCCGCCGAGGCACGCCAUCCGGCCCCAUCCCCAACGACAUUCUUGAACAACAAACAAUGGGCAAGCGCGACACCACACAUCCACCAUCCGACGAAGACAAAGGCCCGUUCGAUACCUGUCUGCCGUCCCAUCCGGCUAUUCAGCACCUCUAGGCCCUGGCGAGCGACACACGCCAUCUUCAACCCACAAAAAGACGACGGCGGCAAGGAGAUGAUGCUAGAGAUCACCCCUCGCGCAGCAAAGCGCCUCACCGAAAUCAUGACCAGAGAUUCCAACCCGCACCUCGCUCUUCGCAUCCAAGUUGAAUCUGGCGGCUGCCACGGCUUCCAAUACUUGAUGAAGCUCGUAACCCUGCCCGCAGCUCUGCCCACCAAGAAGGACUCACCGGCGACCCCCGCGGCAGCAGAGGAUGAUGACAACGCCUCGGCCACGAUCCACGAGGACGACACCGUAUUCACGUACACUGCUGAGGAGGACAGCUCCUCACCACCAGCGGACUUGACAGGAGCGCCCAAGAUCAUUCUGGACCAGCCAUCGCUGGAAUUAUUGAAGGGAAGCAAGGUCGAUUUCACCGUGGAACUCAUUGGGUCGCAGUUCAAGAUCGUGGACAAUCCCUUGGCAACAAGUAGUUGUGGAUGUGGCACGAGCUUUGACAUCAAGAUAUGAUGUUGGGCAUUGAUUGGGACGGGUUGACAGCGGUCUGCAUUUUAGAUAGACUGUUGUACACUACUGGAGACAUAGACACGAGAAGACAUGACAGGCAACAGCAUAGUCGGGCUAAAACAUGCGCAACUCUGUAGCAUUGGGCCCUACCCUGGCCAACAGGGAACA